GACUCAGUACCCCAGUGACAGGUCAGAUAUGAGUGGGGCAGCCAAUGUAAAGUCGGCCCCCCGUGGGCCUCCCUCAUCAGGAAUCCCCCUCCCACGUAGCCUGUUGCCCUCCUCCCCCAAAGCAGACCCCCGCCGCUGCGCUACGGACCUGCCCAAGCCCUCGACUCAGACCUCUAGACACACACCCACACACACUCCCACAGACACUCCCAUGCACUCUCCUUCACUUUGCCACCGGGGCUUCAGCAUUCACGGGCCUUCCUCCAGGGACCUGCUGAGAGAUGCUAUCCCGAAAAGUCAACUCUUCCAGCAGACGGGAGCUCUACCUGCUCCCAAGGUGUCUCGCUCUGCCUACAGCAGCCCGCUGACCCAGCGCCGAGUACCACCGCCACACUCCAAAGACACACUGCAUCAGGGAAAACCUUCCCUGGCUCACACACCAACAGAGUUACCGCAUGAUGGCAAUCGCAACAGAAACACCCUCACCAAUAGGAACCAAGCAUGGGGAGCCAGCAUCCGGCAUCCACCGUACCAGUUCAGGAUAGUGGAAAACUCCAACUCUAUAACAAUGAGUGAGGGCAUGCCAGGAGGAGAAGAGCCUCCAGAAAACCAGCCAGCCCAGUCCAUCAUGUUGAACAACGGUAACCUCGGCCCCUGUCUAGCUCAAACGAGCUGUGAGCACGCCAUCAGAGGUCGUAGCGAAUCCAUGAGCCAGUCAGAUGAGGAGAUGGGGACUGCUGAGGACAGUAGUCCAGCCUCCUCUCCCGGUCCCCUGGCCCUGCCACCCAUCACAUUCACGCUGCCAGUAAUGUCAAAGAUGGCUAUCAAUACACAGGAUCAAAAUCUAGACAAGGAGGCUGUGUCCAUAGAGACACACACACCCAGAGUCAACAUGGCUACUGUGGCUCCCUUCAGCUACAGGCUGCAGGUACAGGAGGGGGAUUUUUCAGUGGAUGAACUGAGUGACUGCUCAUCUGGAUCCAUAGAAGUCUGCUGUGAUGAUCUAACACCAGGGGGGAUGCUGGAGGCUAAUCUGGCUAACAUUAGCAUGACGGCUAAACCCAGAGAGCUGGACCUCAGGUCUGCUGCUGUCUCCUGCCAGGAUACUUCAGCCCAGGCCAUGGCCUCUAGGAAGCCCCCACCCAAGCCCUCCACUCUGCCACAGGGACCUUCACGUCCCUCUGGGUCAGAGCUAAAGGUCUACCGGCCCUCCUCUGGAUCUAUCCCAAUCCCAAUCCCCAAUCCGUCCGGUCUCCGCAAGCAGCGAUCACUUAGCAACUUGUCUGUACUCACUGAUGCCGAGAAGAAGCUGCACCUGUACCAAUCUCCACGGUGGAACGAUGAUACAAGCCGGCCUGGCGCUGGCACAAAUAAGACCGGCCAGACUAAAUCAGGUUUGGCUGGGGGUGGGAGACCACCGCUCUCCCGGACCCUUUCGAAGUCAGAACAGUCUCUUUUCCCGGGAAAGCCCAAACCUCUCUGCUCCCCGGCUGUGACCUCUAACGCAGGCAAGCCGAGUCGAAUCCCUGCCCCUGGCAGACCACGCGGACCUUAUGCUGAGGUCAAGCCCAUCAGCAAGGCCUCUGAGGCGGGCCAGAGUGCAGAAACAGACCCCACUGAUCACCCAACUAAAUUUAAUUCCAAUGGAGCUGGGAGUACUGGGACUAAUGGUAAGAAGCCAGGGGAGAAAGGGAGAUCUGCAUCUCUGUCAACAGAGGAAAAGAAAGAGAGGAAAGGAAUAGAGGGGGAAGACGAUAAGGGCUUUCUGAAGGUGGACCCAGAGUUAGUGGUGACGGUUCUGGGAGACCUGGAGCAGUUACUCUUCAGCCAAAUGCUUGACCCAGAGUCCCAGAGGAAGAGAACCGUGCAAAAUGUUCUGGACCUUCGACAAAACCUGGAGGAAACCAUGACCAGCCUGAGAGGGGUGCAGCUUAGCCACAGCUGUGUGGAGGGGACCACUUGCUACGACAGCGACGAAGCUGCUGCCUUCUCCGUUUCUAGUCUUUCAAAUCGCUCCUCUCCAUUGUCAUGGCGCCAGGGUCAAGCCAGCCCCCGUCUACAGGCUGGUGAAGCUCCGUCCACGGGUAACACCCAGUCAGAAGUUCCCCUCCGGAUCAGCCACACCUCUCGUAUCCACCUCAUCGAAUCCCUGGACGACUCGGAUCCGUCCUUGCUGAAGGGAGAUUACCUCAGCGACAGCGACCUCGGCGGGAAGAGCCCCAUCGAGGAUGAUGAAGACGAUGAUGAUAUUGAUGAUCUGGGGAAUGGUUGGGAUGAGAGCAGUUCUAUCAGCAGUGGUCUAAGUGAUGGCUCAGACAACCUGAGCUCUGAAGAGUUCAAUACGAGUCCCACUCUCAAUUCCCUUCCCACCACACCCAUCGGCUCCCGCAGAAACUCAGCCAUAGUGAUGCGUACGGACGCAGAGAAGAGAUCUCUGGUGGAGAGCGGUCUGUCUUGGGACACUGAUGAUACCAAACCCAGCCGCAAGAGCCAGGGCAGCAGUGUCUACGAUACAGGAAGUCUCAAGUCAGAAUCAGCCAAUAAAUGGAAAAAGACAAGGCCGCAUGGGGAAGGGCUGGAAGGUGGGAAGGGUGAACUGAAGAAACCUCAAACCCUGGGUCAAGGAAAUGUGUUGAAGAAAGGAAGAAACCCACCUGUGGGAGUCACAUCCCCUAUCACCCACACCUCUCAGAGUGGGCUGAAAGUGGCAGGUACAGGAAAGUCAGAUGGGAAGCCCAUGGAUAGGUCUCGAUUAGCAGUGAAGACUUCGGGUCUUCAGCGCUCCUCUUCUGAUGCUGGUAAAGACCACCGGAAUGGCAGCAGUGGUGGUGAACAACGUAAACCUCCAUCCGGCCUGGUCAGACCAUCAACUGGUGGAAACUUUGGCUUCAAGAAACCCACCACAGCUACCAGUAAUGGGACAAACAAUGCCAGUGUGCCCAGUGUGAUGAGCACCGGUGGCAGUGCCAUACCCAGCGGCUCUGCAACCGUGGGGAAGAUUCCCAAAACGUCAGGUAUUCCUGUCAAACCAGGGGCUGCUGGUGGUGGAGGACGUAAGACAAGUCUAGAUGUUUCAAGCAGCGACCAGAGUGGUUUUCUGUCCCCAAAUGCCAGGACGUCUCUCCAAUACCGCUCUCUGCCUCGUCCUGCCAAGACAAGUACCCUGACUCUAACCCGGCCGAGCUCAGCUCGCCCAGUAAGCACUACCAUGGACACAGGCUCUGGUCUGAUCAAACCGUCCACUACAGUGCCCCAGGGCUCGAGGCUCAAAGAACCCGCCUCAGGGCUUGGUUCUGGAACAGGGUUGAGUAAGGCAGGGGGUCGUGGGAUCCCAAGUCCCAGUCCUGUCAAUCAGACAGACAGAGAGAAAGAGAAAGAGAGAGCCAAAGCCAAAGCUGUAGUAUCUGACUCUGAGUGUGGAGGUGGAUCUAUGAAGGGUAGUCCUGCUCAGACCCCCUCGGAGAACGGAGGGAAGUUACAGGGGCUGAGACCUCCCAGCAGUGGCAAGAGUGUAGAUCUGCCCUCACCCAACACACACAGAUUAUCUGGGGUGCGCAGCCUGGCAAAGCCUCCAUCCAUGGCCCAGCUUGACAAGCUGAACUCCAACAACCUGGAGUUGGGGGUACAGGACUCGCUGCCUCCGAAGAUUCCCCCCUACUCUAAGGUCCAGGACUUGGCUAGCUCAGCAGGCAGCUCCCCUAGCCCCUGCCUGACCCCCAGCCCUGCCCCAUUACUCAAUGUGAACUCUUCGGCCUGCUUCUCGAGCUCUGGGAUAGGGUUGGGGCACAGGCAGGUCUCUUCACCUGGGGUUGAAGGGAGCGGCGGGAGCACCUCUCCCCUACUCUACCCUCGUCUGUCUGGGCUGCAUCGGAGCAUGGAGUCGUUGCCCCUCCAGAUGAGUCUGGCUCCAGAGCCCCAGGAGCAGGAGAAGGAUAGGGAAAGGGAGAAUUUGGUGAGAGGCUACACCACCAUAGAGUCCAGGGACAAAGAGAGACAAGAAGACAGAGGCCCUCCUGCCAGCUGGAGCUCUGGAAGUAAAGUCGCGCUGACUGUCACAGACAGUUCUCAGAGAGACAGAAACACACUGCCAAAGAAAGGUUUAAGUUUCAGUGGUGCCGCACAGGUUGAGGAGGAAGGGAAGGAGAAAGGAGAGAGGAGACACUCUCAUACUAUUCUCAGUAUGACCGACUCGCUCACUCUUCCAUUGCUGUCCUCACCCACCUCCCUGCCCCGCACCUCUAAGACUAGUAUGGUACCCAGCCCUGUUGGUGGACCUCCGAGGAUGACUCGAUCCAACAGUAUCCCAACGCACGAUGCCUCUUUAGAGCUGUACGGUGCGUCUCCACUGGGCAGCACACUGUCGCUGGCUGAGCGUCCCCGCAGCAUGGGAAUGGUUCGCUCCGGAUCCUUCAGGGACAAGGAGCCCGAUGAGGUUCAUGGGUCUGUACUCUCCCUGGCAUCCAACGCCUCAUCAAGCUACUCCUCGGUGAGUGUCGGCAGCAUGCAGACUAAGCAAAUCCGCAAGCUAAGGAGAGAGCUGGAAUCGUCCCAGGAGAAGGUGUCUAAUCUGACCACACAGCUGUCAGCAAACGCAAAUCUGGUGGCUGCCUUUGAGCAAAGUUUGGCAUUGAUGACAACCCGGCUUCAGAGUCUGUCAGUAAGCCACGAGCAGAAGGACUCAGAGCUGAUGGAGCUGCGGGAGACCAUCGAGGCUCUGAAGGCCAGGAAUGAAGAGGCCCACGCUGUCAUACAAGGAGCUUUAAACACUCCAGAUAACAUGAAAGACCUGCGAAUUCGACGUCAGAACUCAUGUGAGAGCAUCUCAAGUCUUAACAGCCUGACCAGUAUGUCGAGUGUUGGCAGCUUGAAGGACCAAGAUGCCAAGAAGAAGAAGAAAAAGAGCUGGGUCUUUGAGCUGAGGAGCUCCUUCAACAAGGCAUUCAGCAUUAAGAAAGGCUCCAAAGCCUACUCAGACAUUGAGGAAAUCGCCACCCCCGACUCCUCUGCUCCCAAUUCCCCAAAGAUGCUUCAUGAGGGGGGAGAAGGAGGAGAGAUUCAGCCUUCAUCCCUCAAAACCUCAGCUUCCGCCACCUCCUCUGUGAUCAUGGAGACUACAGAAGAAGGGGACAACGAGGAAACAGCAGUAUCAGAGCUACGCUCAGAACUCUGGGUGAAAGAGAGGGAACUGACAGACAUCCGACUGGAGGCCUUAAACUCCGCUCAUCAGCUGGAGCAGCUCAGAGAAGCCAUGAACAACAUGCAGUCAACUGUGGAGAACUUGAAGGCGGAGAAUGACCAUUUGAAAACAGGAAGUCAGCCCAGUCUCGGAGGCCCUGGUCCCACCUCCUCCACCUCCCAGCCUUCAGGCCUCGCCUCUCUUCUGGGGUCCUCACUGAGGCAGCCGAUGAGCAUGUCCCUAACCAAGUCCUUCAGCCUCAGUCUGAAUGAUUGUAAAGACCCAGACGUGUCUCCAGUUGACAUGCUAAGUGUGUCCUCGCCAAGGGAUGAGGUGUGCGCACGAGUACUGGUUCGCAUUGGAGAUCAGCCAGAGGACAGUAAACAGCAGGAGUAUUACUUGGGCUCAGUGCUGGUCACUGCGAGGACUGACUGGGCCUGUCUCGACUCUAUUAUAGCAAAGACCUUCAGAGACUACCUAACUCAAGUGGACCCGACAGCCAGCCUGGGUUUGUCCUGUGAUUCGCUGAACACAUACCAGCUGACCCAGGGAGGGCAGAGGGUGAUAGGAGGGGACAAACCUCAGGCCUCACCUUAUCGUUGUCUCAGCAGUGGUUCAGCUCGAAUAUAUGUCACGCUGAAAGGUCUUAGAGAAAAAUGUGUUGACUCGUUGGUGUUUGAGACUCUGAUUCCUAAGCCCAUGGUGCUGCACUACAUCAGCCUGCUGCUGAAGCACAGGCGUCUGGUUCUGUCUGGGCCCAGUGGGACAGGAAAGACCUACCUAGCUCAGCGUCUGGCCCAUUACCUCCUGCAGCGCAGCUGGACCGACUCUUCUGAGGCCGACCAUGAGUCCUGUCUCCUGGGGCGCAGCGCUGCUGUCACCUUCAACAUGCACCGUCAGUCACAGAAGGACCUGCAGUUGUAUCUGUCCAACCUAGCGAAUCAGAUUGACAGAGACAGUGGAGGAGAGCUGCCACUGGUUGUUAUCAUAGAUGACAUUAGUGAUUCAGCAGCCAUCACUGAACUUGUUAAUGGAGCGCUCACCUGCAAGUAUCACAAAUGUCCUUACAUCGUUGGAACGACCAAUCAGCCACUGAAGAUGACGUCUAACCACGGACUGCACCUCAGCUUCAGGAUGGUGACGUUCUCCAACAAUGUGGAACCAGCAAACGGGUUCCUGCUGAGGUACCUACACCGUAAAGCUGUGGAGGCCUACCAGGAGGAAGAGCAGGACCCAGCACGCCAGCAAGCUCUCCUCCACGUACUCGACUGGGUCCCACAGCUCUGGUACCACCUCCACACUUUUCUGGAGAAACACAGCACUUCAGACUUCCUUAUAGGUCCUUGCUUCUUCCUGUCGUGCCCAGUAUCAGUGGCAGAGUUCAGGCAGUGGUUUAUUGACCUGUGGAACCACUCCAUCAUACCCUACCUGCAAGAGGGAGCCAAAGACGGCAUCAAGGUUCAUGGGCAGAAGGCAGUAUGGGAGGAUCCAGUGGAGUGGGUGAGAGGCACCCUCCCUUGGCCCAAUGCACAGCAAGACCAAUCCAGACUCUUUCACCUACCUCCCCCCAGCAUAGGUGCACCCAGUGAGGAGAAGAAACCCCCCAAAGAUACACCUCCACCCAGCACACUGGAGUCAGACCCACUGAUGGCCAUGCUGCUGAAGCUCCAGGAGUCGGCCAACUACAUAGAGUCUCCAGAGCGAGAAGGCAGUCUUGAUCCCACUCUGCUGGCUACACUCUGAGGACAACAUACGACUGUCAGUCAAGCUAUGGAACUAUGGACUCUUUAUUACGGCUGACACAGCGAGUGCAGUCGCAAUGAGACUUUAAAGACUCAGUAAUGAACUUUACUGUGUGCUCAGUGAGCAGUUACAAAGCUAAAUGUAAAGGAUCUACAGAGAGAGUGAUUAUGGAUGAAGGGUUUGCUCUGCCCUGCUACCACAACAUUGGAAGGACAGUUAAACUGCUUUCAUAGGAAGCUGUGAUGAUCUUGUCAGGGAAAGAUAUUGAUUUGUCUCUUCUCUGCCCCCAGUUUGUCCCAGAUGGUUUGUUGUUGAAUCUGCAAAUGCAUGAUAACCGGAAUAGUAUGAUGCAAAAUAUUACCUAUAAUCCUACCGA